AUGUCCCAUUUGCAGCAGGCAGAUGCAUGUGUUGAUGCAUCCCUCACCUCUGAAGCCUGGAUGGGUUUGGGAGGAGCAGAGGGAUGCAGGGACAUGUCAGAGAUGUCUGUCAUCACUGCUUUCCUCAAAUCGAAGUGCAACCACAUACACUCAGCCUCUGAUGCCUGGGCAGGGUUGAGAGGAGGAGAUGUGUGCAGAGAUGCAUUGAACACAUUGUGUGGUUUGGAAGCCUGGAUGGGUUUGGGAGGAGGGAAGGGGUGCAGAGAUGCAUUAGACAUAUCUGUUGGUCUUCGAGUCACAGACACCAAGAAACUGCUCCAGCUCAUCUUGUACAAAAUUCUGUUCAUGGACCUUCUGCCCAUUCAUUUGGUGUUCCAUGCUUUCAACAUGGCAAUAAGAGCAUAUGCAAACUGGUGGACAAUCAUCAUUGAUAGCUGCGAGGACCACUUUGCUUGA